UUUACAUUUUAGUAUGAAAACGUUGACAAAGGGCACCUGCAACAAAAAUUCAAACUGCAAUGUAAAUAAAUGAUCAUUUUGUUGAAUUGUUAAUCCUUUAACUUCAAUGCUUUACUUUAUUCAAUGCUUAUCAGCUUCAGGACUACCAUCAACUGAUACUAUGCUUACAUGUGCAAAAGGAAGUACUAUAAACAAUUGUCCUUCAGAUUUAAAGGAGAGCAAAAGAGCCACUGAGGCCAUAUACCCCACUCUGAAACUCCCCAUGAAGCUCCAAUUCUUUCCAGUGGGUACCUCCAUUUUCCUCCUACUGCCUAUUCUUCCGCUGAUUAUCGGUGACCUGAAUUCUGAUAGGCAGGCCCUCCUGGAUUUUGCUUCUGCUGUCCCACAUAGCCGAAAACUCAACUGGAAUUAUAAUCUCUCAGUUUGCAGCUCUUGGGUUGGCAUUUCGUGCAAUGAUGAUGGAACAAGAGUGAUUGGCAUCCAUCUGCCAGGUGUUGGACUAUCUGGCCCCAUCCCAGCCAAUACUAUUGGAAAGCUAGACGCUCUUAGACUCCUGAGCCUGCGAUCCAACCAUCUCAACGGAAAUCUCCCUUCCGAUAUCCCCUCCAUACCUUCCCUUCAAUCCCUUUAUCUUCAACAUAAUAACUUUUCUGGCAAAAUUCCCUCUUCUCUUUCCUCCCAAAUCAAUGUAUUUGAUUUCUCCUUCAACUCCUUUAGUGGUAAUAUUCCACCCAUAAUUAAUAAUUUGCCAAGACUCACUGUGUUAAGCCUCCAGUUUAAUUCAUUCUCCGGCACUAUCCCCAAGCUCAACCUUCCAAGACUCAAGCUACUGAAUUUGAGCUACAACAUGUUCAGUGGCUCAAUUCCAUAUUCAAUCAGGAAAUUCCCAAUUUCUUCGUUCGUGGGGAACUCUUUUUUAUGUGGACCACCUUUGACUGAUUGCUCUACAAGCUCUCCCCCUUCUCCUUCUCCUAUAGUCCCUGGAAAACAAAAUGCUGGCCACAAGAAGCUUGGGACAGGUGCUAUCAUUGCCAUUGCAAUUGGGGGCUCUUCAUUUAUUUUUCUUCUAGUUUUAGUGGUCUUGUUCUUCUGUCUGAAGAAGAAAGAUAGUGGCGGUAGUAAUUUAUUGAAAGGAAAGACUGCUACUGGUGGGAGAAGUGAGAAGCCCGAGGACUUUGGAAGUGGGGUGCAAGAAGCUGAGAAGAACAAGUUGGUUUUCUUCGAAGGAUGUUCAUAUAACUUUGAUCUCGAGGAUUUAUUGAGAGCUUCAGCCGAAGUUCUUGGGAAGGGAUUUUACGGAACAGCUUAUAAAGCUAUUUUGGAUGAGGGUGUAAUGGUGGUGGUGAAAAGGUUGAGGGAAGUUGGGGUUGGAAAGAGGGAAUUUGAACAGCAAAUGGAGGUUGUAGGGAGGGCGGGGCAGCACCCUAAUGUUGUGCCACUUCGUGCUUAUUACUAUUCCAAGGAUGAGAAACUUAUAGUUUGUGAUUACAUCCCAGCGGGCAGUUUGUUUGCUCGCUUGCACGGUAACAGGGGCAUAGGAAGAACACCACUAGAUUGGGACUCACGGUUGAAGGUAUCACUUGGAACUGCUAAGGGAAUCGCCCACAUCCAUUCUGAGGGCGGCGUUAAGUUUACCCAUGGAAACAUCAAGUCUUCCAACGUCCUCCUCACCCAAGAUCACAAUGCUUGCAUAUCCGAUUUUGGCUUGACUCCUCUAAUAAACUUCCUAGCAACCAUGUCGCGAGGUCCUGGAUACCAUGCUCCAGAGGUGAUUGAGAACCGAAAAGUCACUCAAAAGUCCGAUGUCUACAGUUUUGGUGUCCUCUUACUUGAGAUGUUGACAGGCAAGGUCCCUCUCAAAUCUUCACGGCACGAUGACGCAGUUGAUCUCCCGAGGUGGGUCCGGUCUGUUGUCAGGGAAGAGUGGACAGCUGAAGUUUUUGACUUGGAGCUGAUGAGGUAUCAAAAUAUUGAAGAAGAGAUGGUGCAAAUGCUUCAGAUUGCACUUUCAUGCGUUACGAAGGAACUGGAUAUGCGACCCACGAUGAAUGAAGUUGUUAGAAUGAUUGAGGAAAUCAGACAAUCUGAAUCGGAUAACCGACCAUCCUCCAAGGACAGCAAAUCCAAGGCCUCUAAUGUGGGUACGCUGCCGUGAAGUUGCUCUAUGGAAUUGAUUCUGCUGCUACUGAUCAGUUCUAGAAGUUUCCUUAGUUUGUUUUAAGAGGCCAUAUGAAAACUUCUUGUACAAUUCAUUGCAAUGCAUCCUCAAUGUUGUGCAUUUUGUGUUGUUCCUUCUAAUGUAAUGUUCAAUUUUAUGGAUUUUUUAGAAUCAUCAGAUUUACAAAUAUUUGAGCAUUUUUC